AUGACAUCGCUUCUCGGCGGCAAUUUUUCCGAAGUUCUGCACACGGCGCUGACGAGUCAGCUGAACGUUCUCUCGCAGAAGACGUCUGAUUCAGAUGCGCCGACGACGUUCAGCUCGUCGUCUUCGAGCGAUUCGCCGCCCUACGACUCGAUGAUGUCCCUUUCGGGCGCCGGGCUCGGAGAGCAAACCAGCGGUCUCACUUUGGAUAUGUUCAAAGACGGAUUGGUUAGUAUGAAAAGAGCAAAACAUUCUGACGCGAACAAAUUCUAUUCUAGAAUUCAAAAACGUGCCUACAAAUAUUCGACUGAUUUCAGUUCGCCUCUCUAGUCCAUCCCCCGCCCACAGACGUCGCCCAUUCAGACACGGCGAGCUCCGAAUCGCCGGAGCCGGCCGCCCAUCCGCAUCUGGAGCACGAUGACGUGGCGAACGGAACCCCAGAAGAGGUGAGUUUCCAGAAUUCAUGCGAGUGCAAAAAUAUGUAAAAAAUGAAAAAUGCAAAUUUCUCUCACAAUGAGUCACUCGUUUUUGGUGGAAAAUUUUUUUUGGAAUUUAAUAAAAAAUUUCGACGUACAAAAUUUCCUCCACAUUUCCGUUAUGUUUUAUUUUUCUUUCAGCAUCAACAAUCGGCAGCCCUAUCGCUGAUCCAAUCGUUCGGAACUCCUCUCGUGAAGCUCGACGAUUCGGAGCCACCCCAACUCGAACAAAACUUUUUCUCCGAGGCCACAAUUAGAGAUCUGAUGCCAGUUUUGGCGGCGGCUCAAGGAUCCGGAGGGAUCCAGCAUCAGAGUAUCCACAGCGCCGCGGCCUCCGCCAACAACACCUCCUCGCCGUCUGCGUGGGCGAGAAACGCGGGCAGGAAGAAGUCGCAUCCGGUGUGGGACUUCUUCAAAGAUUUGAAAGAUACAAGUGAGUUUCGGAUGAUGGAGGAGAAAUUAGAAAAUGAAAAAAGUUUACAGCUGGCAGCGGAGGAGUGAUCUGUCUGCACUGUAGCUGGAGCGGAGACGAUCGGAGUCCGAACAACUUGCGAACGCAUUUGAAGAAGUUCCAUUCGGACGAUGGCAUAUUCAAUCGAUUUAGUGAAAAGUUGGCAAAGGUUAGUCUCUUCAAAAUGAGCCUUUGUUACUGUAACUGAGCAGUCCGUGACCUGGUACACCGAGCGGUACCUGGCUGUGUCCGAGUACACCCCUCAUCAUAUUUUGCGAGGCCCCUCAUAAUACAAGUGCGCGAUUCCUGCAAAACGACCUCGAAACUCCCCGUCCGUUCCCCGCCGGCACUCUACUCGCCCCCUCAUUUCCGUACCGGAAUGACUUGCAAUCGGUCCAAUCCCCCGCUCCUCUCCCUCACUCUCUAUCCCUCUUUUCACGGUGAAGACCCAAAAAUGGAAAUUGGAAUCGAACCGACGGACAGUCAGGCGGACGGGUAGUUUUGGCGAGAGCGACCGGCCUACGACCCGUCCAUCAUCACAACAGGAUCCCCGUCUCCUCCCGCUCUUUAUUAGCACAGGAGGCUUCGUCGUUCCCUCGCCGUCAAGAGAGAACGGUUCGCGGCGAAAAGGGAGAAGGCACGCGAGAGAAGCGCGGAAAGCCUCCUCGGGGGUGGUCAUUUUGUCCCCACCCGCGCGGGAUUCUCCCCGGUAUUUGUGCUUUGCUUUGUGACCGACCUCCUCCUCGCCCUCCCGCCCGAAACGACCUACCCGGGAGGGGAAAAGAAGAUCGGACCGAACUGAGAGAAAGCAAAGAUGAAGAAAGAAGAGAGGGGCGCCCGCGCGUUUUCGUCGUCUUCGUCAAAACGGGGCGGGUCCUCGGCCCCCCGGCCACCGCCGCCGCGGGGGUUUUUUGCCGGCCAAGCCAUUGUCUGCGCCUCUCCCCGCCGCUCACUCUUCUGCCUUUUCUGGCUGCCCCCUGCCGGUACCCCCGUCAAAGAGACACGGGGCCAGUCCCUCCACCACACACACUCCUUCUUCUUCUUCUUCUUCUUCCAUUCCGAAAGGGAAGAGAUCGUCGUGUGAGUGUGUGUAUGUGGACGACGGGGCGCGGCGGCCCCUUUUCCCUCCCCCCCCCUUAUUCUUCUUCUUCUCAUUUUCCACACCGCCAUCUUCUUCCCCACACUCCCCUCCCAUCCACACAUAUCCCUCUAGUCCCUUCUCCUCCAAAUCCAGCUGAAAGAUUCCUCAUGUCAAGACUUUGCCCCGUUUUUCCACGCCGAUUUUUGUAUCCUUCUUGUAAGCAGCUCUAGAUCGAAACUUUUCUUUGCUUGAAAAAGUAACUGUAUAAUCCAGAAAGGCCAACUAGGAUCAAUGAGUUCCCAGAUCUUGUUCUAAAACCGUACAGGCUUCUAUUCCUACCGUAUUCCUCGAUUUCCUACUUGUGACAUUCCCGACUCCAAAAUGUGUAGACUUUUAAUAGUUCAACCUACCCGAGCCGAACAGCUUCUUGUACUAAACAUUUGACAACCAGCUGGUAAACCGAUAGGACCAUUUCCAUCCCCCCGCAUUCCAACUUUCAUCCUCCCCGUAUAAAAGAGUAUUUGUGUGUGUGUGGGUGUGGUGUGUGCCUUCUUUUCCCCGCGCGCUCCUCCUCACACACUUCCCCCUCCCCGUUUCCCCCGUUUUGCGCCGAUGAAAACGGGCCCCGCCGUGCCCCGUUUUCGGCGCUCUUCUCUGGCCCUUCCGCCGCCGGCACAGUCUCUUCGACGCCCCGACUUUUGUUAUCGAUUCGCCCCGUCGUCUCGGGGCUUUUUGCGGAGGAGACACGCACACACCGGCCGGGCACUCUCUGUCGCCGACGGGGCGGACGACCAACCACCCGACUGCCUAUACAUACCUUUUGCCUCCUCCUCCGUUUCCUGACGCCCCACUUCCUUUUCUGGUCUCUGUUCCCUUCGACUCUUUCGAUUCUUCCUCCUUUCCGGCCUUUCCAACUGACCCUUUCUCUCUGUAGACUACCGUAUGACUCGUCGCAAGCAAGACUGCACCCUGGCCAUGGAACCGCUCCGAACUCCUCAAAAAACUCAAGACGAUUCGGCGUUCUUCGACUCGGCCAACUCUGUCGCCGGAGAAGAACUCGACGUCUCGCAAGUCAUGGCCCUUCUAGAGCAGACGAACGACGGAAUGCUCAAGGGCGGCAAGAACGCAUCCAUCGAGAAAGAGCUCUCGCCUCUGACGGCCGCGCGCGCCAACGAGAUCCUCUUCGCCGCCGGAAUUCGUCCGCACAAAAAGACAUCGGAGAUUUGGGAGCACUACAAAUGCCUGAACGAAAAACAGAAUGUGGAAUGUAUUUAUUGCUGGAAGGUGCUGAAACGGAAUGAUAGCAGCACAAAGAGCAUGUGGGGACACAUGAAUGCCUAUCAUCAGGAUGUGCUCAGAGACGGAACGACUAGAAAGAAGAUUAAGAGACCGGCGGGAAGCACUAAUGUUGGACUUGAUUUAGAUGAGGUACAUCCAGGGACACAGUUACAGUAACCUAGAAAUUCGUGCAAUUUUGUAGUUCCAUUCUCCAAUCUAAUCAUUUUCAGACUCCCACUCAACCCUAUGUGAAACGCGUGCGUGGCGGUGGCUCCUCGACCUCCAACGGCCUUCCGUCGAUGGUGAAAAUGGAGCAGAAGCCGGUGAUCGACAUGGCAUUCCUUCAACAACUCCAAGCCUCGUCCGGAGCCCUCAAUGAUGUAAUGAGCCGCCAACCCACUCUCCUCAUCCCAAUUUGCUUCUUUCCAGACUGAAUUCUCAUUUGGCGGUCCGUCGCUCAACUUCCUCGACUCGUUGCCCAAAUCGUCGGAAGUGAUCAACAUAAACAGCGGAUUCGUAAAGAUGGAAGAGGCCGAAGAGGAUGCGGAGAAUCAUGUGGAGGUAGGUACAAAGCUUAUCAGUUCGGGGGUGAUAGAGGGGAACCACGUCAAUGAAAUUGACACUUUAGUAAGGGGGUGAUAAGGACCGCGAAGCCCUCGGGGCUCCAUUUUGUGCACACUUGACAGAAAGCUAGAGAAUGAUAAGAGAGGGAGAGUGACAGACGGCCGGAGAAAAGAGCGAAAGGGCAGUGACUCACGUUGUGUUGGGCCAAACGAUCGGGACUGUAACAUGAUAUAGUUUGAAUAAACAGGGAACGAAAAGGUUUGAGUAACUCUGGGGUCACCGCUCAGUGCAACUGAGCCGCUUGUUGGCGUUUACCCCGUGUGACACCGCGUUUCCAUAACAACCGCUUGCAGGCAGCCUCCUCCUCCAGCUCAGAUGAGCCCGUACGCAACGUCGACAGCCCAGAAGCCCGCCGUUCCCCGCGUGCACACUCUUCGCAGCAGGAACAGAACGAUCAGUUGGUCGCCUUCGUAAACAGUCUCUCCACCACCAACCCGAUGAUGUUUGCAAUGCUCAACGCCGCCGGAGGAGCUCCUUCCGCGUCUUCCCACCACCAGCCGCUGCCUCCAGCCACACUUCCGCCAGCUCCCCCUCGCGGAGCAACACCCACAGAUCCGGCCAAUGGAUCUAUGUCGCCGUCGAAACUGGAGAAGGAUCCGAGCUCGUUCUCUCUAAGCGAAGGACACUGCGCCGCGCAACUGAUGUCAAUGGCUCUGGACCUUGAGAUGACAAUGUCGUAUCACCGAAGACGCAUCGAUAUAGAGCUGUGUUUCGAGAGCAAUCGGACCGCGGAAAAGUCGGGAGGGCGUGGAAAAGUGAUCUGCUUGACGGAUUUGGGAAAAGAAAUCAAGUGAGUGAUACUGAAUCUCAACGGCAAUCCAUUCAUUUGGGGGCUACACAGAAUCAGAACUGUCCCGAAUCAGAAUCAAUUAGCACUGAAAAUAGUUCUGAUUCGGGACAGUUCUGAUUCGAACAGUUCUGGUUCGGCGCACCCUCAUUCAUUUGUCCCAUUUUCAGAAUCACCGAACGAGUGAACGGAGCGAUCUGCGACACGGAGCUGUGGACAAAGACCGACUUCAACCAGUUCCACUGGGCAAUCCGUGGAAAGUGCCAGAAGUGCUUCAACAAGCAAUAA